AGGGGAAGGGGUCUGACUACUUUCCAUAUGCACUGUACUUAAAUCCAUAUUCAACACUUGCUGAUGAUUACAUGUCUUAGGGAAUGGUGGGGAAAACAGGAGCAACAGGGAUUCAAGGUCCAGUUGGGAAGAGUGUGAAUAUUGUUCUGUUCUUUGCUACACACUAAUAUUCAGUAGUUUCUAAAAUUAUAAAAUGGAACAUAUUGACUAAGCAUGGUGUACUGGAAGUAGAGGAAUCACUGGCAACCAGGAAAGCCAGGAGUCAAGGUAAGUCCCUGUUACCCCAUACAGAAUAUGCUGUUUCAACACUCUUUACUUUGCAAAUAAUUGAAGUCUCUGAAGUUAUGGAAAUGUUGUUUAGUACUGUAUUUUGCUACCAAACCAAAGUCUUCCGUUUUCAUAGCUUUUCGCUUAGCUAUGUCUGACUAGGGGGAUGUUACAAAGCAGUUGUAUUUGUCAGUGUUUUUGUGGAUUUUGUUUGUCAGUUUGUUUACCAUCCUGUACAAAGGGUGCCAAAGGCAAAGAGGGUUCUAAUGGGCUUCCAGGGAAUCCGAGGUCAGGAGGGUCUAAGGGGGAAUCAAGGAAGCACAGGCCUACAGGGAUUGACAGGGAUACAGGGAUAUAGAGGAGCACAUGGCAUAGCAGGCAAUAUAGGACCAUGGGGUGAGGUGGGCCUCCAAGGGCCACCAUGGAAGAAGGGGCCCCCAGGACCAGUUGGGCCCCGUGGAGUUAUAGGUUACCCAGGUAAAGACGGACCACCCGGGGGCAUUGGGCCAGUCACAGACAAAGGGGAUAAGGGGUCCAGAGGAGCUAUUGGACAGAAGGGAGUUGCUGGUGUCGAUGGGCCCAACUGGAUUACGGGGGCCAGUGGGGCCACCAGGACUAAAGGGACUACUGGGUGAAAAGGGGAAGAUGGGAGCUCGUGGGGAAAGAGGUGAAAAAGGAAUCCAGGGAGAUGGAGGCAACCAAGGUCAACAAGGACCAAAGGACCCACUGGGAAAGAAGGAUACUCAGGGACCUCAGGGGACAGAGGGAGCAAAUGAGUUCCAGGACUAAAGGGCCAGUAGGGCAUCAGAGGCCAAGCUGGCCACUAUGGACCGGGGGGCAACACCGGAGAAGGAGGGGCCAAAUGAGAGAAGGGUCUCCCUGGAACCAUAG